GGGGGUAGAGUCCUCAGGGUGGGUGGAGCCACCGGACACAGCUCGGAGCUGGUCACACACCCGCAGCACAGCGCUGUGGCACAGAGCAGCCGAGCCCCUGGAGAGCCACCGACCACCGUGGGCAUCCUGAACCUGCCCUGCUUUCAUGGGGUGUGAUGGCACCCGGCAGAAGGGACGUGUGCCGUGGGUGGGGGGCAGUGGGAACGUGUGCCACAGCCCAGGUCGCCCUCUGCAAGGCCACGGCCGGACACCGGCAGCUGGUGCUGCAGCUUGGGGGGAGCAGCGACAGCCCUCGGCUGCGUGAGGAGCGACGCAGGAGGAGCGCAGAGGCCUGUGAGCUCAGCAUGGGAUUGCGGCGGGCGCUGCUAGCGGGGCUGCGGCAGGAACCGGUGAGCCCUCUGGAGCGGCAGGAACUGGAGCGGCUGUGGGUGCUCUUCCUCUCUGCCCUGGAGCUCUUCCUGCAGGACCUGUACAGAGCCCAGCACCUCUGCCAGCUCUUCUCCAUGCAAGGGGGUGGUAUUGCCCCACUGCACACUGGGCUGGGGGGCUGGGGGCUGCCCAGCCGGCGAGGAGGGGGUGCCUCACAGCCCCCGACCACCCAGGGCUUGGAGGUGGAGAUCGAGCAGGUGAGGGCCACGCUGGCAGAGAUGGAGAGUGGAGCCAACAUUCCACCAUGGACAGUGGAAGCCACAGAGACCACACAGCCAGCAGAGACAAGCAGCACCAUACAGAGAGCAACCUGGGGAGGCCCCUGUGCCGGGCACUGCUGUGGGGUGCUGUGAGCUAGGGGGGCAGCAGAUAGCACCCCUGUUACAGAGCAGGGGACAGAGGCCCUAUCUACACCUCUGCAGGUGAUGGUGGGGGUUAUUCCCACCCUG